UCUGAUAUUGACAAAAAAUCAACAAAGCAACCAUAAAGUUUACAGUAGAAAGAUAAAGAGGAACCCCCUUUGCCUUGCAUCUCAGUUUUCAUCAAUUUUUUCUGUCUAAAUUCAAAAGGGUGUAUAGCUCCAAAGUUGGUAACUAUCAAAAAACAUUGGCGUUUUACAUUCACAUUGGCAAAAUAGCAAAGAAUGGUCGCGAGCUAUGGAGAGCUUUGAAGUAGGGGAGACACCAUGUCGUAUUGCUUUGAGGGGAUCAAGCAUUUAGGUGCUUCCCUGUCGAAGUGUUGUGAAAGGCAAUCAACGGGACUUGAGGAUCCUGAGAUUCUUGCACGAGAAACAGUUUUUAGCGUAAGUGAGAUCGAAGCUCUUUAUGAGCUUUUUGAGAAGAUUAGCAGCGCAGUGAUUGAUGAUGGGCUGAUCAACAAGGAAGAGUUUCAAUUGGCAUUGUUCAAGACGAGCAAAAAAGAGAGCUUGUUUGCUGACAGAGUGUUUGACUUGUUUGACACAAAGCACAAUGGACUCUUGGGAUUUGAGGAGUUUGCCCGUGCACUCUCUGUUUUCCAUCCAAAUGCCCCUAUCGAUGAUAAGAUUGAGUUUUCUUUUCAGCUAUAUGAUCUCAAGCACCAAGGCUUCAUCGAGAGGCAAGAGGUGAAGCAAAUGGUGGUUGCUACACUUGCCGAGACUGGUAUGAACCUUUCAGAUGAAAUUAUUGAGAGUAUAAUCGACAAGACUUUUGAAGAAGCUGAUACCAAACAUGAUGGAAAGAUUGAUAAGGAAGAGUGGAGAAAUUUGGUCAUGCGACAUCCUUCACUUCUGAAGAAUAUGACCCUUCAGUAUCUCAAGGACAUUACAACUACAUUCCCAAGUUUUGUCUUUCACUCAAGAGUUCCGGAUACUUGAUAUGGAAUUGCUAAGCAGAACUGCCCACAGAAGUAGUCUUUCAAGAGUUUCCGGAUACCUAAUAUGGAAUUGCUAAGCAGAAUUGCCUUGCCCAGAGAAGUAGUCUUUCAUGAGAGUUGCAAGUUCAACGAAGAAUUUGUAGUAGUAGUAUUUUGCUCAUCUAUUUAAUGUUUCGACGUUUUCAUGAUUUGUUAUUCUUUAUUAGAGCAGUGUGGCUGUGUAUUCUUGUUACCUCUGAAAAAAUGCUAAGUUUCCUUGUUGAUGCUGCUCA